CAGAGAGUUGUCAUCCUCUCUAAUGGGAAUCCAUGCGGCCAUCUUCUGGCUCCUCCUCCUCCUCUAUCCCUUCCACGAAGCGUUGCUCGCCGGCGCGCUGGGGUGCAACUGGGGAACCCGAUCGUCCCACCCGCUGCCGGGUGACAUCGUCGUGAGGCUCCUCAAGGACAAUGGCUUCGACAAGGUCAAGCUGUUCGAGGCCGAUCCCAAAGCCCUGCGCGCCCUCGGCCGCUCUGGCAUCGAGGUCAUGGUCGGCAUCCCCAAUGAGUUCCUGGCCCCGCUGGCCGGCAGCGUCGCCGUCGCCGAGCAGUGGGUGACACAGAACGUCUCCGCCUACAUCUCCCGAUAUGGCGUCAACAUAACGCAUGUCGCUGUUGGUAAUGAGCCGUUCCUGAAGACCUACAAGGGGAUGUUCCAACGCACCACGUUCCCGGCGCUGCAGAAUAUACAGGCGGCGCUCAUCAAGGCCGGCCUUGGGCGCCAGGUGAAGGCCACCGUGCCGCUGAACGCCGACGUGUACCAGACGAACAACCAGCUGCCCUCUGGCGGCGACUUCCGGCCCGACAUCCGCGACCUCAUGAUUGCGAUCAUAAAGUUCCUGCAGGACAACGGCGGCACGCUCACCAUCAACAUCUACCCAUUCCUCAGCCUCUACGCCGACCCCAACUUCCCCAUCGACUACGCCUUCUUCUCUGGCUCGGCCGCCCCCGUGGUCGAUGGGUCCAUAACCUACUCCAACGUGUUCGAGGCCAACUACGACACCCUCAUAUGGGCGCUCGAGAAGAACGGCUUCGAAUCCAUGCCGGUGAUCGUGGGCGAGAUCGGGUGGCCGACCGACGGCAACCCCAACGCCAACCUGGACUACGCCCACAAGUUCAACCAGGGACUCCUCGACCGCAUUACGAAGCGCCAGGGCACGCCGAAGCGGCCGACCCCGCCGGACAUCUACCUCUUCGGCCUCGUCGACGAGGACACCAAGAGCAUCCAGCCCGGCAACUUCGAGCGCCACUGGGGGAUCUUCUACUACGACGGCACCGUCAAGUACCCCUUGGUGUUGGAGAACGGCCAGGAUCUCGUCCCGGCCAAGGGCAUCAAGUACCUGAGCAAGCAAUGGUGCGUGCUGUCGCCGGAGAGGAGCAUCACCGACCCCGCCAUCGCCGACAGCGUCAACUACGCCUGCCAGUACGCCGACUGCACCAGCCUCGGCUACGGCUCGUCAUGCAACGAGUUGGACGCGAGGAGUAACAUCUCCUACGCUUUGAACCAGUUCUACCAGGUGGCGGAUCAGCAGAAGGGCGCGUGCAGCUUCUCCAACCUGUCGGUGAUCACCAACAUCGAUCCGUCGCAGGGCAGAUGCAAGUUCGAGAUCAUGAUCGACGUGGGAAAGCAUGAGAAGUCGGUCAAUUCCGGUGAGGAAGGAUCAGCUCGGAUCCGGUGGAACGCGGUGGUGGCGAUGGUGGUCUCGGCGGUGCUGCUAUCGAGCGCAAGUAGUGCUUUGCUUUAGGAUCGCGUGACCAUCUGUGGUCUUCAUAUACACAUACAAUUUGCUUCUCUUUCAGAUUCAGGGAAGAUGAGCUUCGCCAACAUAACUUUCCAUCAAAAUGAGAUAUACAGAAUGUGUAUAAUUCCUCGAUAGAUAGGAAACAGCAAUCUGUUUAUUAUCAAUCAUCUGUUCUUUUAUGAGUCAAAGAAUACUGUUCUUCAGAUUCA